CCUCCUUCGUCGUCGGCUGACAAGGGUCCGUCAGAGGACAUGAUCGCGAGGAAGACGGACCUCUGCAUUUCCAACGCCAUCGUCAAGACUGGUAUCGGCUUCGGUACCGGUGUUGUGCUCAGUGUGCUCCUCUUUCGCCGCCGCGCCUUCCCCGUCUGGCUCGGCACAGGAUUCGGUAUGGGCUCAGCCUACACCGAUUGCGAGCGCUCCUUCAACCCCUACUCUGCCCCCGGUCUCCGCAUCCUCCCCCCUUCAGCCAAGUCCGCCUCUGAAGCACCGCGAUCCACCCUCGAGAUGCUCAGCCAGAAGACGGGCGAGGCAUUUGGUACCGCAAAGGAGAAGGUAGCUGAGGAGACUAAGGAUGCGAGAAAGGAGGUCAAGAAGAUGGAGGGAAAGGUUGAGCAGAAGGUUGGAGAAGUCAAGGAGGAGGUCAAGAGUAAGGUCAGGCAGGUUUAAAACCGCUUCCAGGUUGAGG